AUGGCUGCAGAAGCUGAAGUCCCUGGUGGCGCGGUGCUGCAGGUGGCAUUGCUCAGCGGCCAGAAGGCCGAGCUUCGGGUUCAACCUAAGGACACCCUCAGGGAGGUAAAGGAAGCAGCAGAGAGCGAGCUCGAUGUCGGCAUCAAGAAGCUUGUUCGCCAGGAUGGCCGUGCCAUGGGUGAGGAAGAGAUGGCACUGACAGUCGAAGAGUUGAGCUUGCAGCCGGACGAAACCCUUCAUGCUGUCACCAAAUACAAAAUGGAGGUGAGGCGCUGUGCCCAGACCUUGGCGGAUGAGAUCUGCUCCUUCGAGCGCACCGACUUCGGAGACAUCCUGAACAUGCUGGCCCACCACCUCGAGCUGCAAAAUGCUGAAGAGCUAGGGUGCGUCGUCAAAGUCUUGUUCGAAAAGGCCCUGGCAGAGCCUGCUCACGUUGAAACCUGUGCGCGCAUGGCUGCUGCUGCGAAGGCGUGUUACCCGGAGAGAGUCACCACAUUCACCGGUGUGCUGCUCAUGGUCUGCACGCAGGAGCUCAAGCUUUUGCCUUCGCCCAGCGAGGAGGCCGAGAGCAUGAAGCACAUGCUGAGUUUCAUCGCCCACCUGUUCUUGCAGCAGCUGCUGUCUCCGAAUGUUAUCGGGCAGGUAAUCCGCGACUUGAUCGGCACCCGGCCAGGCAACACCCUGCCCCAGGAGCCCGCAGUCAAGUGUGUAAUCGAGAUGCUGAACCUGGUCGGGCCCACUCUGGAUCAGCAUAGGCAGGGCGAAAUCAUGGUGAGUUUCUUUGCAGCGCGGCUUCGGGAGUUGUGUGGGGCCAUCUUGAACGGCAACCACGUCUUCUCGCAGCACCUGCGCUCCGCGCUCGACGAGCUGCUUGCGCGGCGAAGGAUGCCCCUGGGAUUGAAGCAGUACAUCUGCAGGCAAGAGUUGCAGAAGAAGCUCUCAUCACAGCAGCAGGAGGACUCCUCCACGAAAGCGGAGGUGGCCAAGCUUCAAAGCGACCUCGAUGCGGCUCGCAGCGCAGAGGAGGCGGUUGCGGAACAGGUCUCGAAGUUGAAGAUGGAGCACGAGGAGGAAGCAACCGCAGCUACGGAGAAGCUGACAGCGCUGGGCACGAAGCUUGAGGAGGCCAGGGCGGAGGAGAAGAGCGCUGCCGAGGCACUGGAGUCUGCGAAGGACCGCGAAGCCAGCUUACAGGCCGACCUCAAGCGCAUUGAGGAGGAGGCGGAAGGAAAGCUGCAAGGCCUUCGCUCAGAGCUGGAGGAGCAGGUCGCCAAAGGCCGCGAGCAAGAAGCCUCCUUGCAGGAUGCAGCUAAGGCCGAGCUCGAUCGCCUUCGUGUCCAGGUGGAGCAAGUGACAAAAGACUAUGAAGAGCUCAAGGAGCUGGAGGCCAAGAACGCGGAAGCGCGCCACUCGCAGCAAGAGAGCGCAGACGAGGCGCUGCGCCAGGCGAAUGACGCCAUGAAGCAGUUGGAGGCCACGGCCUCCACGGAGGCCGAGGCACGCUCCGCGCAGGAGAAGGAAGCGCUGGCCAAGAUGGAGGAGCUCACGCAGCAGGUCGAAGCCUGGCAGACUGAGCACGCUGCCGCGGCCCAGCGCAGAGAUGCCCUCGAGGCGCAGAGCAAGCAAGACGCGGAUGGUUUCACGUCUGAGCUGGAGCAGCUACGCUCCGAGUUUGCCGCCGAGAAAGAGGGCCGGGUAGCGGACUCCAAGCAAGCAGCGACAUCUGCGGAGGAGCUCAGUGCCACCAUCAAACAGCUUCAGGAAUCGGUGUCCAGCGAGGUGGAGGCCCGUUCCGCGCAGGAAAAGGACGCGGCGGCCCGAGUUCAGGAACUCACCGCCAAGGUGGCUUCAUGGCAGGCCGAGCACUCGGUCGCCAUGGAGCGGGCAGACGCCUUGGAAGCCAGGGGCAAGGGAGAUGUGGACAGCUUCACCUCAAGGCUCGAGCAGCUCCGCACCGAGCUCAACGCCGAGCAGCAGGGCCGUACCUCGGAUGCCUCCGAGGCCGCGGCGGCAGCGAAAGAGCUGAAUGCCACCGUCAAGCAACUCCAGGAGAGCCUCUCCGGCGAAGCCGCGGCUCGGUCGACACAGGAGCAGGAGGCUUCGGCCAGGAUCCAAGAGCUCACAGACAAGAUUGCCACAUGGCAGAUGGAGCACACUGCGGCAGUGGGACGGGAGCAGGCCUUGGAGGCCAGAAGCAAGGGCGAGGCGGAGAGCUUGGGGACGCAACUGGCGCAGCUGCGCGGGGAGUUUGAAGCUGAGCAAGAGGGCCGAGCAGCUGAUGCUUCCAAAGCGGCCAAAGCCGCUGAUGAGCUGAGCGCGACCAUCAAGCAGCUGCAGGACACCAUCUCCAGCGAGACGGAGGCGCGCUCAACCCAAGAGAAGGAUGCCACAGCGCAGAUUCAGGAGCUGACGGAAAAGGUUACGAACUGGCAGAAGGAGCAUGAAGCUGCCACUGAAAGAGGUGAUGCUUUGGAGGCUAAGGGCAAAGAGGAGUCGGAGAAUCUCGCGUCCCAGCUGGGAGAGCUCCGUUCGGAGUUUGCCGCCGAGCAGAAGGGUCGUGCUUCCGAUGUUUCCAAGGCAGCAGCCGUUGCGGAAGACCUGAACGCCACCAUCCAGCGUUUGCAGAAUGAUCUCUCCGAUGGGGAUGCAGCGAGGGAGACGUUGCUCAAAGAAGCCACAGACAAAGCCAGCGAUCUGUCGCAUCAGCUGGAUGGUUGGCGGUCGGAGCACGCGGAGGCAGUGGACGAGGCGCGUGCCGCGUCUCAUGCUGCUGCGGAGGAGAAGUCGCAGCUGAUGCAGUCGCUGGAGCAGCUGCGGUCGGAAUGCGCCGAGGAGGCGUCCCUCAAGGACACGCACGCCGGCGACGCCUCGCGCCUCGCUGCGCAGGUCGACGAGCUGAAGGCAGCGAAGGACGAGCUCCUCCAGAGCUCCGAGGCAACUGCGGCAAGCCUGUCACUGAAGCUGAAGGAGCUGGAGGCCCAGAAUGCCGAAGUCCUUGAAUCCCAGCAGCAGACCGCAGAUGAGGCCCUCAGCAAGGCCAAUAGCACCAUCAAGCAGCUGCAGGAGACACUUUCCAGCGAGACAGAGACACGCUCCACUCAAGAGAAAGAUGCAUCAGCCAAGAUCCAAGAGCUCACGGAGAAGAUUGCAGACUGGGAGCGAGAGCAUACUGCGGCAGUGGAACGAGGUGAGGCUCUGGAGGCUCAGGGCAAAGACGAUGUGGACAAGUUUACGUCCCAACUGGAGCAGCUUCGCUCAGAGUUUGAGGCUGAGCAAGCGGGUCGAGCAUCUGACGUGUCCAAGGCAGCAGCCGAUGCGGACGAGCUGAAUGCUACCAUCAAGCAGCUGCAGGAGACACUUUCCAGCGAGACAGAGACACGCUCCACUCAAGAGAAAGAUGCAUCAGCCAAGAUCCAAGAGCUCACGGAGAAGAUUGCAGACUGGGAGCGGGAGCACACCGCGGCAGUGGAACGAGGUGAGGCUCUGGAGGCUCAGGGCAAAGACGAUGUGGACAAGUUUACGUCCCAACUGGAGCAGCUUCGCUCAGAGUUUGAGGCUGAGCAAGCGGGUCGAGCAUCUGACGUGUCCAAGGCAGCAGCGGAUGCGGACGAGCUGAAUGCUACCAUCAAGCAGCUGCAGGAGACACUUUCCAGCGAGACAGAGACACGCUCCACUCAAGAGAAAGAUGCAUCAGCCAAGAUCCAAGAGCUCACGGAGAAGAUUGCAGACUGGGAGCGGGAGCAUACCGCGGCAGUGGAACGAGGUGAGGCUCUGGAGGCUCAGGGCAAAGACGAUGUGGACAAGUUUACGUCCCAACUGGAGCAGCUUCGCUCAGAGUUUGAGGCUGAGCAAGCGGGUCGAGCAUCUGACGUGUCCAAGGCAGCAGCGGAUGCGGACGAGCUGAAUGCUACCAUCAAGCAGCUGCAGGAGACACUUUCCAGCGAGACAGAGACACGCUCCACUCAAGAGAAAGAUGCAUCAGCCAAGAUCCAAGAGCUCACGGAGAAGAUUGCAGACUGGGAGCGGGAGCAUACUGCGGCAGUGGAACGAGGUGAGGCUCUGGAGGCUCAGGGCAAAGACGAUGUGGACAAGUUUACGUCCCAACUGGAGCAGCUUCGCUCAGAGUUUGAGGCUGAGCAAGCAGGUCGAGCAUCUGACGUGUCCAAGGCAGCAGCGGAUGCGGACGAGCUGAAUGCUACCAUCAAGCAGCUGCAGGAGACACUUUCAAGCGAGACAGAGACACGCUCCACUCAAGAGAAGGAUGCAUCAGCCAAGAUCCAAGAGCUCACGGAGAAGAUUGCAGACUGGGAGCGGGAGCAUACCGCGGCAGUGGAACGAGGUGAGGCUCUGGAGGCUCAGGGCAAACAAGAUGUGGCCAAUCUCGCUGCGGAGCUGAAGCAGCUGCGCACCGACUUUUCCGCGGAGCAGGAUGGCAGAGCAGCUGAUGCCUCAAAUGCGGCUGCUGUGGCGGAUGAGCUGAAUUCCACGAUCCAGCGUCUCCAGCACGCCGUGUCCGCCGGCGACGCUGCGAGGGAGAACCUGCUCAAAGAAGCCACGGAUCGAGCGAGCCACCUGUCUCAGCAGCUCGAUGCGUGGAAGACGGAGCAUGCGCAGGCCGUGGACAAGUCCAGGGUACUCUCGGAUGAGGCCACGCAGGAGAAAUCGCAGCUGCUGCAGUCCGUGGAGCAGUUGCGGGCCGAAUGUGCUGAGGAAAUGUCUCAGAAGAAGGCCACCGCCAAGGAUGCAGCCCACUUGUCCGCGCAGGUCAAAGACCUCUCUGCUGCCAAGGACGAGCUCUUCGAAAGGUCCGAGGCCGUGGCUGCUGAGCUGAGGAAGAAGCUGGAGGACCAGCAAUCCGACAGCGACCGAGCUCUUGAGAGCCACAGGCAGGCUGCCGACGAGGAGCUGCAAAAAGCCAACGAUGCAAUCAAGCAGCUGCAAGACACGGCUUCCAGUGCAGCAGAGAAUCACGCCAGUGAGCACAAGGAUGCCAUGGCGAAGGUCGAGGAGUUGGCCGAGAAGGUUGCCAGCUGGCAGUCUGAACAUGCCGCCGCAGUGGAGAGAGGUGACUCUUUGGAGGCCAAGGGCAAAGAGGACGUGGACAGUUUCACGUCCCAGCUGGAGCAGCUGCGUGCUGAGUUCGCCGCAGAGCAGGAAGCACGAUCCACUGAUGCUUCCAACGCAUCUGCCGCCGCAGAGGAGCUCAAAGCUACCAUCAAGCAGCUGCAAGACACGGCUUCCAGUGCAGCAGAGAAUCACGCCAGUGAGCACAAGGAUGCCAUGGCGAAGGUCGAGGAGUUGGCCGAGAAGGUUGCCAGCUGGCAGUCUGAGCAUGCCGCCGCAGUGGAGAGAGGUGACUCCUUGGAGGCCAAGGGCAAAGAGGACGUGGACAGUUUCACGUCCCAGCUGGAGCAGCUGCGUGCUGAGUUCGCCGCAGAGCAGGAAGCACGAUCCUCUGAUGCUUCCAACGCAUCGGCUGCCGCAGAGGAGCUCAAAGCUACCAUCAAGCAGCUGCAAGACACGGCUUCCAGUGCAGCAGAGAAUCACGCCAGUGAGCACAAGGAUGCCAUGGCGAAGGUCGAGGAGUUGGCCGAGAAGGUUGCCAGCUGGCAGUCUGAGCAUGCCGCCGCAGUGGAGAGAGGUGACUCCUUGGAGGCUAAGGGCAAAGAGGACGUGGACAGUUUCACGUCCCAGCUGGAGCAGCUGCGUGCUGAGUUCGCCGCAGAGCAGGAAGCACGAUCCUCUGAUGCUUCCAACGCAUCGGCUGCCGCAGAGGAGCUCAAAGCUACCAUCAAGCAGCUGCAAGACACGGCUUCCAGUGCAGCAGAGAAUCACGCCAGUGAGCACAAGGAUGCCAUGGCGAAGGUCGAGGAGUUGGCCGAGAAGGUUGCCAGCUGGCAGUCUGAGCAUGCCGCCGCAGUGGAGAGAGGUGACUCCUUGGAGGCUAAGGGCAAAGAGGACGUGGACAGUUUCACGUCCCAGCUGGAACAGCUGCGUGCUGAGUUCGCUGCAGAGCAGGAAGCACGGUCCUCUGACGCCUCCAAAGCAGCAGCAGUUGCCGAAGAGCUGAAUACGACCAUCCAGCAUUUGCAGAACGACCUAUCUGAUGGGGAUGCUGCGCGCGAAGCCUUGCUGAAAGAGGCCACUGAGAAAGCAGGCAACCUAUCGCUGCAGCUGGACGAUUGGAAGUUGGAGCACGCCAAGGCCGUAGAGGAAGCACGUGGCGCAUCUGAAGAGGCUGCCAGGGAGAAAGCCGAGCUACUCCAAUCACUGGAGCAGUGGCGCGCAGAGUGUGCGGAGGAGGCGUCCUUGAAGGAAGCCAAAGCCAGCGACGCUGCCCGCUUGUUGGCGCAGGUGGACGAGCUGGCGGCGGCGAAGGAAGAGCUGCUUGGCAACUCGGAGUCGACGGCGGCCGAGCUGUCGAAGAAGCUCCAGGAGAUCCAGGGCCAGAAGUCGGAAGCCCUGGCCUCGCAACAGCGGACGGCGGAGGAGGCGCAGCGCCGAACUGCAGAGUUCGCAGGUCAAAUUGCCUCCUUGCAGGCUGAGCUCAGCGAGGAGGUGCGCAAGGGACAAAGCGUCGAGGAGGAGCUGCAGAGCCGCGCCGAGGAGCUGUCUUCACUUCGCUCUGCCAUCGCAGAGGCUCAGGAGGAAGCUUCUAGCCAAGCAGCCUCCGCGACUGAUGCCAUCACAGCAUUGGAAGGUCGCCUCACGGAGCUCCAGCAAUCUGCGGCUGAGCGCCAGGUGGCUCACGACGAGGCCUUGGAGAGUGCCAAGCAGCGUGAGGCAGAGCUCACCGCCGACGUCGAGCGCUUGCAGCAGGAAGUUGCCGACGCUGCCCGGGAUCUCGCACACACAAAGGCGGAGGACCAAGCGGCCGCGGCAGCAAAGGAGGAGUCGUCCCAGGAGGCGUUGGAGAGCGCGAAGCGGCAGGAGGCGGCGAGCGCGGCCGAGGUCGAACGCCUGCAGAAGGAGCUCCAGGACGCGGCCCAGGAGCUCGAGAAAACGAGGGCGGAGGAUCGAGCGGCCGCGGCGGCAAGGGAGGAGUCGUCCAAGGAGGAGCUCUCUAAUGCGACGGAGGAGCUCGAGGCGCUUCAGCGAAAGGCCACCGAUCUCGAGCGCGAGCUGCGGGAGUCCGAGGAUGCAGCGUCUGCCAAGGCUCUGGCCGUUGCCUCUGCGCUCGCGGAAGUGGAGCGAUGGCAAGGCGAGCAUGCGCAGGAGUUGGAGCGCGGGAGCGCGGCUGCAUCGAAGCACCAGGAAGCCCAAGAGACGCUGCAACAGGAGAUGCAGGAUCUCCGCGAGACGCUGUCGCGACAGGAGCAGAACUAUCAGAUGAACGGCGACGAGUCCCUACGCAAGAUCGGAGAGCUCGAGGCUUUGCAGACGGAGCUCAAGGAACAGCUGCAUCAGAGAGAGCAGGAGGCCGCAGACGCCCAGAGCAACGCCUCCGCCGAGCUGUCUUCCCUCACCGAGAAGUUUUCCACGGCGCAGAAGGAGCUGGAAGCCGAACGGCUCGCAGCCGAGGCCUUGCGCGGCGAUGCAACGCAGGCGCAGGCCUCCCUCAAGGACUACGAGGCCCAAGUGAGCGACGGCCGCCAGCAGCUCUCGGACGUGGCGGCACAGCUCGAAAAAGAGAAGGCCGACUCAGAGGCGUUGCGCUCAAAGCUGGAGGACCUCCAAGCGCGCUCAGCCGCCGACAAGGAGGCGCUGGCGGCCCAGGCCGGCGACUCCGAAGCGGCAUUGACGUCCGAACUCAAAGAGCACGCAGAGAAAGUCGCCGAGAUCUCCACAGCGUUGGAGGAAGAGCGGGCCAGAUCUGAGGCUACGAAAAGCGAGCUUCAGGAGGAGCGAAGCAGAGCCGAGACGACGAACGCCGAGCUGUCCGAGGAGAGGACGAAGGCGGCGGCUGCAAAGAAAGAGUUGGACCAGGUGGCCGCGUCCCUCGAGGAGGAGAAGCGCCAGUCGGAAGUGGCCCGGGAGGAAAAGGAACGCCUGGCCAGCGAAGUGGAGGACUUGCGGCAGGCGCAGGGCCAGGCGAAGGCCCAAGAUUCCGCGGCCGCGGCCGAGGCUGCCAAGCUGCGGGCGGAGCUGGAGGAGCUUCGUGCUUCCUCUGCUCGAGAGCUGGAGCAGCUCAAGGCCGAGCUGGCGGCAGCCAAAGCAGCACCUCCCCUGGCUGCCGCCAGCGCCCCGCUCGCGGCCGCGGCCGCGGCGCCCAUGCCGAGAGAAGACGAAGAAGCUGAGGAGGCCGAGGAGGUUGCGCCCAAGGAAGGUCCAGUCGAGGCCGAUGAGGAGGGACUGCCCGAAGAGGGGGGUCUCGCCGACCUCGCCUCCGCGCUUCAGGAGGCUGGCUUGAGCCAGUACGUGGAGGCGGCGGAGGAGUGGUGCGCCGAACAGGGGGCGGAGCUGCUGGAGGAAGUGGUCGAGUUCUUUGACGACUUCGUGGAGGGCAUUGGCCUCAAGCCAGAGGAGCGCGAGCGCCUGGCAAGCCAGCUGGGCAUCGAAGACGAGGACCUGAAGGAAGCCAAGAAGGUCGUGGCGGCCACUGAAGAAGAGAUCGCGAAGCUGACCGCAGAGUCCAAGAAGACCUCGAAGAAGCAGAAGGGGCCCAUGCUGGCCCGCAUCAAAGAGCUCGAGGCUGCCCCAGAGUACGUCACUGCCAAGCGCUUCGUACAGGACCCUGCCGCAGAGCGCGAGCGGCAGCGGCAGGAGCUGUUGGCCGAUCUUGAG